CAGACUUUCCGCCCUAUCAAUCUCAGACCCGCAUAUACAAGAACGUCUUCUGGAAUACCCUGUCCAUCUCGUCUCUUGAUCCCUUUCAUCGUCUAAGUUGGUCGUCUGUGUCAAAUCUAGUAGCAAGGCUUCCACUGUGUUCGUCCAGCAUUGCCCAACUUUCACUGGUUGUCUACGAUCACAGCUUUCUUCAGUCUCUGAACCAUGUUUGCAUUUCAUAAAAGCGAAUAUUCAUCGCGUUCCAGGCAAUCGUCCACAGAUUCCCAAGCCUUAGAUCUAUGGACAUCCCAAUGCUCCGAUGCACCUUCUCAGAGCGAUAUGCAUUCCCCUGAGCGACGUCGCAUAGCCCACUCGGGCAAACGGAGCUCUGUGUUCAACCUACGCUCAAGAAGCAAUACAGCAACCUCAUCAACAUCCCUGACUCUUUCAGGCAUGGCUGAACACGGAUCAUGGUCACACGAAUCUUCUCCAACUCCCCAUCAGCUCGAAUUUCAGAGUCAGGACGAGGCGUCAGGGACGGCUAGAUCAUUGUUUCGAGGAAAGAAGGGAAAAAGAAUAAGCGGGUCCAUCGCAUCCAGCAUAGACAUGGAUGACGAUCAAGAGAUAGAUGCUGGAAAGAAGCGGAUGUCAAUCCUGCGGAGAGGCAGAAGACGAACAAAUCAGUCUGAUAGUUCCUUCAACAACGCCAGACAACGCAUCUCCGGCCCUUUUGACUUUCAGCACCUUUCGCACACAGACAGGCAUCAGUUUGCUGCCUUGGAUGAAGCCUUUGGGGACGAGUUAGCUGCAGGUUAUCAGGCGGGACGCCAAUCUUCAAAUCAAGAUUCCGUCAUAACAACGGCGAACAAUCGCCCACCAAACAUCACUACAUCACACAGUCCGGCAAACUCGGACUUAGUAUCCACAUCCACUGUAGAUCAUUCGUCGUCGGUUCGCAGCCCAAAAUCCGGUAACGAAAUCCAAGAAUCGGAGUUCACUUCGCAAGUGCCACUCUCCAGACCACCGCUUCGCCUAACUAGAUCUGUAGAGAGUUUUUCUCAGCCUGGUGUCAAUCCCAGAACGCAUCGUCAAUCACAAUCGAUUGUAGCUCCGUCUCGAAGGUCAUCUCUGCAUCCUCUGACACCUGUACACGAUAUUCCCGAGGAAUUCGCAGAAUCCGCAGAAUCCGCAGAAAAGCAGAGUUCACCUCAACCAGCCCUAUCCCGCUCCAAGCGAGAGUCGGGUUUCUGGGGUUUCUUCGAUUUAGCCAGCGCUACAGGAGAGGCGGACACAUUCGACGAUUCGGAGUUUGUUGCACAUGCUCUCACGACUCCUGAUGACUCUACUGUCAAUAUAACGACACCACCUUUUAGUCCCAGUCUGGAAGAUGUCGCCGAAGAACCUGAACGAUUCAUAAGCCCAAGGCCUGCGCCACAACCGCCUCUUCGAACUCCCACCACUCCCAGGUCACCCUUCUUGGAGGCGUUCUCGUUUGCAGGCCAUCGCUCACCAACAUCCAGAAAUCGCAGUCGAGGGAACUCACACGCAUCUCCAAAAUCUCUGAAAAAUCGCGAAUCGAUGAUAGAACCCAUCGUACAAGACCUACCUUGGCAGCCAGUCACGUACAAACGUUCUCCACAAACAAAAUCCGCUACUCGCCGCCAAUCCAACACGUGGCGUGCGAUUGAAGAAUCAUGGGAGAACGAUGUUGACUACAUCUAUGAGAAUGCUCUGGAAGCAGAUUGCGAUUUUGACUGGGAUUUUGCCCCUGACGAUGGAACCCAUAACAGCCAACAACAGACUCUUGAAUCGGCCACUCGCAACGACAGCUAUACCAAGACGUCGCACCAUACUAGAGCUCCAUCAUCCGCUUUAGGAAACUAUUCAAUGUAUCGGAUCAAGCCUGAUCGCUCCAAUUCAGAACGGGAUGCCCCGUCCGGAAUACCAGCUUCAGUUGUAGAGAGCAGGCUACAGAUUCUUUCCGAUACACUGGAUAUCGUUGAGGCUGACGGCUUUAUGUUGAGCCCUUCUCUCUUACUACCUCAGGAUUACAAGGACACUCGCGAGUCGAUGUUCCAGUAUGAAGACGUUGAGAAUCUUCUUGGCGAAUAUGAUUGUGUCAAUCGCCAAUUUCCCAUCACUGAUGCGGAUGAUAGCGCUUUCAACUCUGCCCGGAGCAGCCGUGUUCGCUUUAGUCGACGAAGCUCGUACGACAGCAGCCUAAUAUCUUCAACGCAGAGUUUGGGCCUUUGGAAUUCUCCAGUUCGCCGUUCUGCAAGUUCUACUGCGAGUAUCCCCGAACUUGUACAUUCUCGCCGCAAUCCACGAGAGUUCACUUCUGCGGUCGACGAGCUCUCCGAACAAGGUGUGGCGCUUGGACGCUUCCACGUGCAGACAGAUACCAAUGAUAUUACCCUGCCAGGGCGCGCCGGUGACGGUACAUUCUUUGCUUCUGAAGAACCUCUUCAAGACAACUCCUGCUCCUUGGCCUAUCUUGAAGAGGAGCUUAAUACGUCACCUGAAGUAGCGUCACGAGGCUCGCAGAGCUCAAAGAAAGCUCAUCACAAGCAGACAUUGUCCGCCGAAGCAGCCAGUAAAGUUCAAGCCACCACUGAGAAUCAGUCGAUGAAGGCACGCAGCCGUGCCGCGACUAUCAGUCAUGUUGUCCGGCAGCCACAACUGAGCCUUUUUCCAUCACCUCCAAGACACUUGCCAGCCCAUCGAAUGUAGACUAAGUGUGUCCUGCACAACGUCCUAAUUCCGUAGCGCAAUGUCCAAGAUACUCUCCGUUCUAGUGGUUUCAAGAGCAGCAGCCUGGCUCCACUAGAAAAACCAUAUUAACGACGACACGGCUCCCAUAAACUAUCGCAAUCAACUUUUUACGACUUAUGACUACUCGGCGUUACUCUCUCAUACCUUAGAUUUUCUCUUACUUUCUGGCGACUUCACAGCUUCUUUCGUUUCGUCACAUCUU